AUGGCCUCCGAUUUUUUCUAUCCGAAUACUGGCGGAGUGGAAGAACAUAUAUACAAUUUAUCUCAAUGUUUGAUUAAAUGUGGUCACAAAGUCAUCGUAAUCACUCAUUGUUAUGGUAAGCGGGUUGGAGUCAGGUACUUAACUGGUGGCCUCAAAGUGUAUUAUUUACCAAUCAGGGUUUUUUACUCUCAAUGUGUUCUACCAACAAUGAUAUGCAAUAUAGCAUUAGUUCGAUAUAUAUUGAUACGAGAAUGUAUUGAAAUUGUCCACGGUCACUCAGCAUUUAGUGUUUUAGCUCAUGAAGUUUCAAUCAUAGGUAAGUUAUUAGGUUUGAAGACAGUUUUUACAGACCACAGCUUGUUCGGUUUUGCAGAUACAUCAGCAGUUUUAACUAACAAAUACUUGCAAAUGUGUCUGUGUGAGUGUGAUCAUUGUAUUUGCGUGUCACACACAGGGAAAGAGAAUACAGUAUUAAGGGCUAAAGUGAAGGCACACAAGGUAUCUGUAAUACCUAAUGCAGUAGAUGCCUAUAAUUUUAUUCCAGACCCAAGUCAGAGGGAUCCAAAUGUUAUAACCAUAGUUAUUGUGUCUAGAUUAGUGUACAGAAAAGGUGUAGAUUUGAUGGCUGCUGUGAUAGCUGAUAUGUGUCCACGUUAUCCAAAACUUCGGUUUAUCAUUGGAGGUGAUGGACCAAAGAUGUGGCUCUUGCAAGAAGUUAGAGAAAGAAAGGGCUUCCAGCACUGUGUUACCCUGUUAGGAAGUUUAAAACAUUCAGAAGUGAGAGAUACUUUAGUAAAGGGUGAUAUAUUUCUUAACACAUCCUUAACAGAGGCCUAUUGUAUGGCAAUAGUUGAGGCAGCAUCAUGCGGUUUAAAAGUAGUGUCAACAAAAGUUGGAGGUAUUCCAGAAGUGCUGCCAGAAAGUAUGAUAUAUCUUACUGAACCUAAUGUUUCCAGUAUUGUAGAAGGUAUAGAAUUAGCUAUAAAUGACAUUCAGAAAGGAAAUAUACUAUGUCCAUAUGAAUGUAAUAGAAUGAUUAGGAAGAUGUAUAAUUGGAUGGAUGUAACAAGACGGACUGAAAUAGUUUAUGAUAAAAUAUUAAAAAACAAAAAUAAACCAUUGGGUCGACAAUUGAAAAGUUACCUUAGCAGUGGUGUGUGGCCAUUUCUUUUAGUUAUAAGUUUAAUGUAUCUACUCUUACAAUUAGUAGAGAAAAUAUAUAAAAGGAAACAUAUUGAUAUUGCAAAAGAUUUGAAGUUAUAG